AUGGUCCUUUAUCUAUCUAUCUAUAAACCGCGGCCCUUGUAUGCCCUCAACGCCUGCUAUAAUACAGAAACCCCUUAUAUUGGAAUUUUCGAAGAUGAUAUUAUCUUCGCUGAUGGAUGGUUCGCUAAAGCUCUUCAAGGGCUUUUCAACAUUGAAGACCGAUCUGGGUUGAAUACACACGGCCAUGGUUGGAUAUAUUUAAGACUCUUCUAUAUAGAAACGGCACUUAGCUGGAGCGAAGAUGACUUUUGGUACCGCCAUAUGAAUAUGUUAUUUUUCAUCAUGGUCACCAUGUCAUUCGGCGUUCUCAUGAUUAUUAGAUCCCUAUGGGGUUCAUCACGCCGAUAUUUGGAUGUCCGCGCCAUCGUGGUGAUAUGCGUCGUCACAGUUCCAGCAUUUACGGGACUGGCAUUUAGGAUAGGAAAGUAUAGCUUGUUUCCCAUGCAAAGUGUUGUGGAAAUGGAAAAAUACGGCUGCUGUACGCAGGCAAUGGUUUUCCCACGAGAUCAAGAAUACACAGAUCAGAAAAAGCUACAUCGUUACGCCCUUGCACCUCCUCAGGUUCAAUAUGCUGGUAUUCAUUCGAGCCGGGAUAAUCUGGAAAUCAACACUCGCAGCACCUGGGCUUUCUGGUUCGAGGAGAAUGAAGCUGGAGCUUUGAGCCAAGAGCAUACGCGUCUGCUGGAAUCGAACAGCAUGGUUUGGUUUAAUGAGGCUUAAUUGAAGAAUUU